CGCAGUACAGCCUGCGCACAGGAACGCUCUAAACCAGUGCACCUUGCUUUAAUGGGGAUGGAACGGAUGCCUUCUGUCUUCUACUGAGCGAGAUCGAAUGGAAUAUAUUGUCUUUGCCCCUUUCCGCUCGAUUUGGCGUUUAAAGCUGAAAUGAUGGUCUGUCAAAUAUUUGGGGAUGCUUAAUACUUCGCUGGUGUGACUGUCUCGCUUAUGUGAUUCGUUUCACUGUAUCGUCUAUAUUUUGAAAGUGCACGGAAAAACAUGGACUAAUUUGCUUUUGCAUUCAUGAUGGGAUUAUUAAGAUUUUGUUUUUUGCUCGGCAUAUUUUGCAUCUUUUCAGUUGUAGGUUUUGGGGUCGACCCCACUUUGCGCAUCAACGUUUUCGAUGAAAUUAAGCUUGGCGAGUCGUUUUCUGGAGUUUCUCAAGUCCACGGAUUCCACAACGAGAGUAGAGCUUUUUUGUUUCAAGACUCAGAAAGGAACAUCAAGGCCCCCGUCGAUGCGACCGAGCGGAUUCUAAAGAAGCUACGGAACAGGAGUGAAUUCACCAUCCUGGUGACCCUGAAGCAAGAGACCCUGAACUCGGGGGUCAUCUUCUCCAUCCACAGCGCCAAGCAGAGGUUUCUGGAGCUGGAGAGCAGUGGACAGCGAAAUGAGAUCCGGCUGCAUUACCACACCCGGAGCCAGCAGACGCACAGCGAGGUCUUCCCCUACACGCUGGCGGACAACCAGUGGCACAAAGUUUCCAUCGCCGUCAGUGCCUCCCAUGUCCUCCUGCACGUGGACUGCAACAGAAUUUAUGAAAGAGUGGUAGAAACGCCACUCAUGGAUAUUCCUAAGGAUACAUCCUUCUGGCUUGGACAAAGAAACAAUGCACAUGGCUUAUUUAAGGGGAUAAUGCAGGAUGUCCAGUUGCUUGUUAUGCCCCAAGGAUAUAUUUCCCAGUGCCCAGACCUGAAUCGCACCUGUCCAACUUGUCAUGACUUCCAUGGUCUCGUCCAAAAAAUCAUGGAAUUGCAAGACAUCUUAGCCAAAACAUCUAGCAAGUUGGCCAGAGCAGAAGAGAAGAUGAUGGGCUUGGACAGGUGCUAUUGCGAGAGGACCUGCAGCAUGAAGGGCGUGGUCUACAGGGAGGAGGAGUCCUGGACUGACGGCUGCAGGAACUGCACCUGUACGAAUGGCACGGUGCGCUGUGAGACCGUCUCCUGCCCCCCUCUCCAGUGCCCCCCAGAUUCUGCCCCUGCCUACGUGAGCGGGAAAUGCUGCAAGGAGUGCCAGCGAGUUUGCCUGUUCAGAGGGGGCGUGUACGUGGAAGGCACGAGGAAGGCCGAACGAGACUCUACAGGAAAGUGUUUGCUGUUCGAAUGCAAGGACAGGGUGAUGCUCCAGGUGGCCGCCGCCGCCCCCUGCCCCCCGCUGAGCUGCGCUGAGUCCGAGCAGCUCGCCCUCCCCGACCGAUGCUGCAGAGUCUGUAGAGGUCAUGACUUCUGUUCUGAGAGUCACGGCUGCGUGGAGAACUCGGACUGCGUGAACAUGGAGACCGGGGCUAGCUGCAGCUGCCAGGAUGGCUACCACGCGCUCCGCGACGACGGCGCCUUCUGCGAAGAUGUGGACGAGUGUGCGGAGGGGAGGCACUACUGCAGGGAGAACACCGUGUGCGUCAACACGCCCGGCUCCUUCCUGUGCGUCUGUCGCCGCGGAUAUAUCAGGAUCGACGACUACUCCUGCACAGAGCAUGACGAGUGCGCGAGCGGCCAGCAUAGCUGUGACCAGAACGCCCUGUGCUUCAACACCGUGGGCGGGCACAGCUGCUCCUGCAAGCCCGGGUUCUCCGGAAACGGCACGCACUGCAGAGCUCUGUGUGACGGCGUGUGCCAAAACGGAGGCACCUGCGUGUCUCAAAACACCUGCAUCUGUCAGCAAGGCUUCACCGGGGAGAGGUGUGAAACAGACAUUGACGAGUGUAUGGACGGCUUCGUGGAGUGCGACAGCAGAGCCACCUGCAUCAAUCUGCCGGGCUGGUACCACUGCGAGUGCCGGGAUGGUUACCACGACAACGGACUUUUCUCGCCCAAUGGCGAGUCCUGCGAAGACAUUGAUGAAUGUAGGACUGGGAGGAACAGCUGUGCGAAUGACACUGUUUGCUUUAACCUGGAGGGAGGGUAUGACUGCCGAUGCCCCCAUGGGAAAAACUGUACCGGAGACUGUAUCCACGACAACAGAGUCAAGCACAACGGCCAGAUCUGGGUCUUGGAGAACGAUAGGUGCUCUGUCUGCUCCUGUCAGAGCGGUCUGGUGAUGUGUCGCAGGAUGGUGUGUGACUGUGAGAACCCCACUCUGGACCUGUUCUGCUGCCCGGAGUGUGACCCUCGGCUGAGCAGCCAGUGCCUGCACCAGAACGGGCUGCGCACCUACGGCAGCGGGGACACCUGGGUGGAGAACUGCCAGCAAUGCCAGUGCCUGCAAGGUGAAGUGGACUGCUGGCCGCUGUCCUGCCCGCCGGCGGACUGCGAGUUCACGGCGGUGCCCGAGGGCGAGUGCUGCCCGCGCUGCGUCGCCGACCCCUGCCAGGCCGACGCCGUCCGCAACGACCUCACCAAGACCUGCGCGGACGAGCACGGCGUCACCCGCUUCAGCGGGUCCUCCUGGCGCCGGCACCGCACCGAGUGCAGCCUGUGCCACUGCAAGAAUGGACACGUGUGCUGCUCAGUAGACCCCCUGUGUCUGUAGACCGCCAGAGAGGCUCUCAAGGCCUCCCAUCCACAAACUUCUUUAUACCAAAUGCAAAUAUGUAUCAUACAAAAGGAAUAACGGACUCUCCACCAUCACCCCCCCAUCUCUUCCCCCACCCCCGCACCACCCACUCCCUCCCUCCCCCCCCCCUCCAUUGUGCCUCAUCGUGGUGACUUCUGCAGUAAACCCAUCUUGACCAUGAAACAAAACAAAAAUAUUUAAGCUGGCAUGACUGUACAGUAUUCAUUGUUGACUAGUUGCUGUUCUUUUAAUUUUUAAAACACAUCUCCAUUUGUGAAGGAUUUCGGUGUUUCCCCAGUAGUGGUGAUUCCAUGCGUUUCAUUUCCGAUCUUCACGAGAGUCGUCGUCUGUACAUUAUCUCGUCGCUCGGCAGCGCUUGGUUUAUUUUGUGCUUAAUUUAUUCGAUGACUUGUUGUUGUGUAACGGUGAAAUAAAGAUUUUCAUUUACAUCA